AGUCGAAACAGCUGUAGCAGCUGCUGCCUAUCAGCUUUUCAAUUAACUAUUUACAAUUACCUAAUCGUGAAUUAAAACGAAGACCAAUAAUGUCUUGGCUGGUCGGCACGUUUCAGAAGCUGUGUGGCGUGGGUCAACUCGCUGUUAAGUCGAAGCCGCUGGCGCUCACCUGUUCAACGACCGUGCGUCAGCUUUCGCAUGCCGAGCGACGGGCACGCGGUCCCACAGUGCGACGCUAUGGCUACAAGGAAAAGAUCUUUCAAGGUGGACUGCUGCCGCAUGUAGAUAAUGGACACAAGCUACCCAUGCCCGUGUACAGGCCCAAGAAUCCUUGGUCGGAGAAGCGUGCUCUGUUUGGACAAAACGAUUUUAUAGACAUACUGGGCAACGACCGGCUUCAUCCCACCCGUGUGCUUUACUCGGUGCCAUCCUGGCUGCGGGGCGUUUCGGGCAAUGAGUACCAAGUGCUACUGCGCAAGCGCCGAAUGCUGGAGAAGACCAAAUAUCCGAUUGCCCGCCCCACCAAGUGGAAGGAUUUGCAAAAGCGUAUUUUAUAUUUGUACAGAUUCCUUAACCGGAAGACUAAAACCGGAUACUCUACACAAUAAUUCAUGAUUAAAGAUAUUAGUUGAAUAAAUUCAUUCUUUUAA